UGGCAAUGGUCGAAUACGUCGUUUUCCAGCGACUCGACGAUGGUCGAAUACGCCAUUUUCCGGCGGUUUGAUUGAUUGAUUGAUUUGUGUUAAUCUGCUUAAUUAAUGGAAUUGCGCAUGUCGUGGGCGGGAAGUAUCCAUUGGUACUGUUGUAGUAUCCAGAUGACUUAUACCCUGGUUCAAAUCCCCCGUAGUAAAAGACCCCGAGAUUACAAAAUGGUGAUCGUAAACACGUUGUGGAGUGUUUACGAUUAUUUCUAAGCAGAAAAAGGCUUAUCUUGACAGAUUACCGAGUAAUUGACCGCAUAAAACCAAAGUCACAAGUACUUAUGACAUGUCUUUUACAGAUCGGUUGCCUAUACAAAGCUGAUUUGUGCAGUUUUAAAAGGAAAUUUGUAUGUAUUCAUAGUUUCAAUCAUGGCAUAUAGUGUUGAUGGUGGUGUGGUAUUGCAAGCCCUGACGAAUGCUUGCAGUCAAGAUCCUAGCUUGCUCAAGACGGCAGAGGGACAACUGAAAGAAUUAGAGACACAUCCAGGAUUUUAUAAUAUUUUAUUGACCAUAUACAGAAAUCAUGUGGUUAAUCCAAACGUGAGGUGGCUGGCGGUUGUCUGCCUAAAAAAUGGUGUGGAUAAGUACUGGAGAAAAUCUGCUCCCAAUGCAUUGUCUGACGAAGAAAAGGAGGAAAUACGAAAACAAUUGUUGUUAUCAUUCAAUGAACCAGUUUCACAGAUUGCAUCCCAAUUAGCUGUUCUGAUAUCAAAAGUUGCCAGGCUUGAGUCAAAGUCUUGGACUGCAUUAAUGCCAGCUCUCUCAGAGGGUCUUCAGAAUACUGAUGCAAUGUAUCGCCUGAGAUCUCUACUUAUCUUUCAACAUGUGGUGAAGAUGAUGGCUUCAAAAAAACUAAGUGUUGACAAAGAAAAUUUUAGAGAGUUGGCAUCAAAUACAUUUGACUUCAUGUUCACAUUGUGGAAUAGUUACAUGGUAAAUUAUUUUGAGCAAAUCCAAGCGCAGAGUGAAAGUAUUCAUGAAGCACAGGAGGCCAGCAUGCUAUCAUCCAAAGUUUUGAGGAAAUUCAUGGUACAUGGAUUCAGAGAAUUUGCUCCAAAUUCGCAACCUAUGUCAUUUUUAAAAAAGUGUUUGGAUGCAUCCAGGCAAUUGCUCAAUAUAAGACAACAGUUGCUAUCUAAUCAACAAAUCUCGUCAUUGCUUGAGAAACUGAUUGCUUGUCUUGUUAAAGUGGUCCUUGGUACUCAAGAAUAUCAUCGAUUAUCGUGCAUACCUUUGCUACAAGACAUGCUUGAAUUUUCAGCAUUUUAUGUUUUCACAAAACGUGGAACAACUUUGGUUUUCGAGAAGUUAAUCAUUUACUGUUGUAACCUCAUGACAAAUAUCACAAAAUGCGAGACAUAUAAGCCGCCGGACAAAACAAAAGAUGCGGUUGAUCAAAUAAUCUUAAAAGCACAUCAGAUUCAGAAAUCGUUUUUCACGCAAGCUGUGCUUGAUGAAAUUAUAAAAACUUUGGUUUCCCAUUAUUUCGUGCUGACUCGUGAGGAUUUGGAAACCUGGGAUUCAGACCCGGAAGAAUUUGACAAUGAAGAAGUUGGUGAAUCAUGGCGCUAUCAGUUACGGCCAAGUACUGAGAAGCUGCUUCUUUCAUUGUUCAGAGAGUUUCGCCCUUUGGUGACACCAGUCAUUGUCAAUAUCAUAACGUCUGUUCAGAGCUUACCAGAGAGCGAUGAUCUUGGCAUUUUGAUGCAAAAAGAAGCAGUUUACAACGUCGCUGGUUUGUGUUCGUACGAUCUCUUUGAAGAAAUCAACUUUGAAGAAUGGUUUUCGCAGGGUUUGGUGAAAGAACUGCAAAACAAAUCCACCGGCUACAGGAUAAUUCGCCGAAGGGUGAUCUGGCUCAUAGGACAAUGGAUAAACGUAAAGCUAUCGCCUCCAUAUCGACCAAUGUUGUAUGAGAUUAUCGUCAGCCUUAUGUCAGAGUCUGAAGAUUUAGUGGUGAGACUGAAUACAUCAAAAACAUUGCGAUCUGCUGUCGAUGAUUUCGAAUUCAGAACGGAAGAUUUUUUGCCCUAUCUCGAAGCAUGCGUUUCUCAGCUGUUUAAACUCCUUUGUGAUGUCAAAGAAUGCGACACUAAGAUGCAUAUCCUGUUUGUUAUGUCGAUGGUUAUUGAAAGAGUCGGGCCGAAGAUCAAGCCAUACGUCGCAUCUUUGGCUGGUUAUCUUCCAAAGCUUUGGAUCGAAUCUGAAGAACACAACAUGUUACGAUGUUCCAUUCUUAAUACUCUCACUUUCAUAGUCAAAGGACUUGGUUCCGAAUCCGUCCAUCUCUAUUCCUUCUUAACACCUGUUAUCCAGCUUAGUACCGAUGUUAGUCAGCCACCUCACGUUUACUUGUUGGAAGAUGGAUUGGAGCUCUGGUCAAGUACUCUAAAAUGUGCUGCUUUGAUGACGCCAGAACUUCUGCAUCUUUUCCACAAUAUGAAGGAACUUUUAGAGCUAAGUUCAGAGAACCUAAGAACAAGUUUUUCAAUUGUCGAGUCUUAUAUACUGCUUGGAGGACUGGAGUUUCUUCAGGCCUGGGGUCAGCUUGUUGUCACCACAUGCAGUAAUUUACUUGGAAAUCUCAAACCUGAAGGGAAUUUGAUUUUGGCCAGAAUCAUCGAAGUCGUAUUUCGCAUGUUUCCUUCGGAAGGACCAAGGUUGUUUGAACCAGUGUUGCCGAAGAUUUUCCAGGCAGUUGUUGAUGGCCAGGAGUACGGUCCAUUACUGGCCAUCUACAUAUCUUUAUUUGCCAUUAUCUUGCUGAAGAACAAACCGUAUUUUGACACCUUUAUUCAAAUGGUCGCCGAGCAAUGUGGAAAAACGGUCAACGAAUUGUUAGCAGCAUUUGUGGAUUCUUGGCUUGAAAGGAUGGAUUCGAUAACCAAAACAGAGCGAAGGAAACUCGCAACGAUGGCCUUGUGUUCGCUUCUUCCCUUGAAACAAGAACCUGUGCACAGUCGUUUUGCCGUUAUUGUUGAGAUUACUGUCGAUGUUUUAAACGAAUUGAAUAAGGGAGACAGCUACCCUUCAGACUUUUUGCUCAUCAAUCCAGAUGAUGACGAAGACGAGGAGGAUUUUGAUUCCCAAGAACACCUGCGGCGUAAGGAGUUGAACACCAAGGACCCGGUGUUCACGGUGAAACUAACGAAAUUCGUUGGAGAGAUUUUGCAACAAUGUCAACAAGUCUUUGGUGAACAGAAUUUUCAAAUCAUGAUGGCGUCUGUUGAAAGCUCUGUGGUGAACGAGUUACAAUCCUUUUAUAACUCUGAAAGGUGACAAAUAAAGAAAACAUUUCAGUACAAGAUGACAUCGCACUCUGUGCACCUGGAAGCAGCCGGGCGAAUUUAGAAAUCCAUGUUGGUCGUGGUGUAAAUACUUUCAUCAGAAGUCAAAGUCCCAGAGCUUUUCUGAACUGCUUUUCAGAUGCUAUCUGGAACAAAGUGGUGAUGUAUAUCCGUAGUAAUUUUUUGCUGUAUUGUAGCAUGAGGGUUGGAUGUACUUAUCAACGAUAUAAUACUUCACGCAUCAGUUGGAGAAUGAGUAAUUCUGUGAUGUUUACACGACGCUUCAGAUACGGUUAAAGCUGCAUUAUCAUCAAUGGCUAACUCGCAUCUUUGCGAAGAAUUGUACAGAAAAAUACUGGCUUCUUUCUUCUUCGGAGGCAGGACAGACGUUUGUGACGUGAUCAAUUUUAAUUAGUUACGUAAUAAACGAAUGGAAGUUACUGUAAUUAUUGUAAUUACAAUCAAGUGACGUGAUGAAAUGACGUUUUUAACAGCGGCAGUGAAGGGGAACUAAAUGUUUUUGUGGA